UCAAUGUGGUAGUUAUACAUUGAAAUUCCAUAAUGUAACAUAAACGCUGGCAAUGAGUAAAAAUCAGUGAAACAAAUAACUUGUCGUUUAAAAGAGGCUUCACGGUCACGCCAGUUACGAGUGCGUCGUAACGAUUGUCAAUAUUGAAAUCAGCAGGUGUAUGUAUCUAGAGCUCGUGUUCGGACAAAACGGCGGUCAGUAGACAGUCGAGUUAAUGGACGGCCAUCGGAACAAUGUUUCAGCGUGUAAUUUAUUCAUUACACAGCCGUCCUCGAUCAGACGGCGGUAACGGAAAGUCUCCGCCUGAUGAUCUCUGACGCACUGAACCUAGCCACAUUAAACUUUGGUCACAGUAGGUUUGCACGUUAAACAUGUUGAAUUUUCCCCAACAACCUAUACCUAAAUAGGUACCUAAAUAAAUUCUCUAAUAAAUAUAAUUUAAUCGCGACAAAUGAAUACCGGCGUUUUCCUUGAUCGAUUAUUUCAUUCUAUUAUUAUACUAAAAUUGCCUAUAAUCAAUAUAACCGCUUAGUAGUUGAAUUCUUGUAGCUACUAUACAACUGUUAUUAGUUUCCAAAUAGUUUCCAGUUUACAUGUGUCACCAUUAAAUUAAAUAAUUAUGUGGUAGUGAAUUACGUAAAUUUGUAGUGGUGAAAUAAAGUGAUAAUGUGCCUCUCAAGUACAUUAAGUUUGAUGCAGUGAAAACAAUGGAGAAGUCGAUGCAAGCGCGGGCGCUGAAUAAAUUUUCAUGUUGGGUAUGCUUGGUUCCACCAUGGGGCUUCUCGGACCUGAAGGAGGAGGAGUUGUAUACGACGUACACGCAGCGGCAACGGCAACGCGCCGUGCCGCGGCUGCUAGCCGCCGGCGUCCUGCUGCAGGCGUUCGCGGCGCUCGUGCCGGGCGAGCGCGACCUGGCCUUCGCCUACACCUCCGUUACCCUCGCGCUCCUGCUCAACCUCGCCCUAGCCCUAGUCUACAUAACGAUACGCCCCGCGAGGCUCGCGCUCAACCACGUGGCUUGGCUGGCGCUCUGGAUUCAACUCCUAGUGAGCGCGUCUCGGCGACUAGGCGACUCUUAUAACGAAUUGCUUGGUUGGGCUGUCGUGCUCCAAUAUUUCACGCUAGCCGCGCUACCGUUCCAUUACCUGCUCCUGAUACUCUAUAGCACGAUCUCAUUCACCGCUUAUUUAUUGGUACAAUACUACAGCGCAAUGAUUACGGAAAACAAACUUCCUGACGACUUCAGUUUACAGCAAAUAUCGAAUGGGUUGUUAUUGUUGGGAGCGACAUUAUUGGGCGGAACCGCUUAUGGUGUCGGCGAAUGGCAGCAACGAUGUUCAUUCAAAGUAACAAAAAGAAGUUUACGUGACAAACUCACCAUUGAACAACAAAGCAAAGAACAGGAGCGGUUAUUACUGUCGGUGCUUCCGGAACAUGUUGCCGUGCAGAUGCGAAAAGAUCUUGGCCUUAUUGAUACGCAGUUCAAAAAGAUUUACAUGUCACGCCAUGAAAAUGUCAGCAUCCUGUAUGCGGAUAUUGUGGGUUUCACUGCGAUAUCGUCUACAUAUUCGGCGCAAGACCUUGUUGCAAUUUUAAAUGAGUUAUUUGCUCGAUUUGAUCGCUUGGCAGAGAAAUAUCAGCAACUGCGCAUCAAAAUUCUCGGGGACUGUUAUUACUGUAUCAGCGGCGCCCCCGUAGAAAAACCUGACCAUGCCGUCCUUUGUGUACAUAUGGGCCUGUCCAUGGUUAAAGCUAUUAAGUACGUGCAGCAAACGACAAACUCCCCAGUGGACAUGCGCGUGGGCAUCCACACGGGCGCCGUGCUGGCGGGAGUGUUGGGGCAGCGGCAGUGGCAGUUCGACGUCUACUCGCGCGACGUCGAGCUAGCCAACAAGAUGGAGAGCAGUGGGAUGGCGGGGCGCGUACACAUAUCGGAGGUGACACUAAGUUUCCUAAACGACGAGUUCGAAGUGGAGCCGGCGCACGGAGAGCGCCGCGAGGAGAUGCUGCGUCUGGCCGGCAUCAAGACUUACUUCAUUGUCCGAGUACUCAAGCCGUUCGGAGGGGAGGACAAAAGUGCACCCGAGGGCGAGGCAGUGGAGGGUGGCGACUCCGCAGACACGAUGUCCGACCUCAAAGACGACGACGAGGACUCGGUUCUAUCACCGCAAGAAGAGAGCAAGGGCAAUGAAGAAUUGAAAAUACUCGCAAUGUUACAAGAAGAACUCGUGACUCGAGAUGACGACAAGGAGCUAGCGGACGCAACGACGCUUUGCCUGACAUUUAAAGCGGCAGAAGUGGAGGCCGCGUACGCGCGGCGCACGGACCCUUGCCCGAUGGCGGUGGCGGCGCCGCCGGUGCUGCUGCUGCCAGUGGUCGUGGCGCUGGCCAGCUUCGCCGUGCCGCCCUCGUGGCCGCUGCGCGCCGUCUAUCUCGCCUUCGUGCUCGAGACCGGCCUAAUGAACGUCCUCUACUACGCUUACUUCCGAUUCGCCCAGUACAAGAAAAAGUCCGUGAGUCCAUACUGGAAAUUGAUAUGCGGCACGUUUAACAUAGCUAUGUUCGUAGCCGCAAAUAUUGCUCCCUUGAUAAUCUGCGGAAACUACGAGGCCGCCAUCGGCGACGACAGCCCGCGUCCGGACUCGGUCGUGCAAGGCGGCGCUCGGCGCUGCAUACAUCCCUCUUACUAUUAUCACAUAGGCGCAGGCGCCCUCUGCGGAGCUUUAUGGGUGUCGCCGCUGUCGGGCGGGGCGCGCGCGCUGUUCCUGGUGGCGCUGGCGGCGGCGCACGCGGCGCCCGCGGCGCUGCAGCCCGCGCUACUGCACCGCCGCGCCAGCCUUGACCGCGACCCCUACACGUCCAGCUUCAACGCCUCGGCAGACUACAACGAGACCGCUUACGACGUCCUGGCGCAAAUCCACCUCGGCCGACAUAUCCUCAUGCUGUUCUUCAUAGUGAUCGCGUUACUCAUACUGAACAGAUAUACGGAGUCGCUGGAGCGCGCGCGUCACUCGCGCGGCGAGCGCAUGCGCGGCCAGGCCGAGCAAGCGGCCGACCUGCGCCGCAGGAACCAGGCUUUGGUACACAACGUGCUGCCGCCGCACGUGGCGCGGCACUUCAUGGGCGCGAGGCACCACCACCGAGACCUCUACAGCCAGAGCUACGCUGAAGUCGGCGUGCUUUUUGCUUCCAUGCCCAAUUUCUCAGAGUUCUACUCGGAAGAGACCGUCAAUAAUCAGGGCUUGGAAUGCUUAAGAUUUCUGAAUGAAGUCAUAUCUGAUUUUGAUUUGCUGUUAGAGGAUGCGAAAUUCAGCAAAGACAUCAUUAAAAUAAAAACAAUCAGCUCCACAUAUAUGGCAGCAUCAGGCCUAAAUCCCACUCGACAAAUGCAGCCGUCAGACGGCACGCUGGUACGCUGGGCGCACCUGGCGUGCCUGGUGGAGUUCGCGCUGGAGCUGCAGCGCGUGCUGGCCGCCAUCAACGAGCAAUCCUUCAACCACUUCGUGCUGCGACUGGGCGUCAACCACGGACCCAUUACUGCGGGCGUCAUCGGCGCACGCAAGCCGCAUUACGAUAUCUGGGGAAACACCGUCAACGUCGCAUCGAGGAUGGAGAGCACCGGCAAAGCUGGUUGCAUACAGGUGACCGAAGAAACGUGCCAUAUACUUGAGACGUUCGGCUACUAUUUUGAGCAGCGCGGCCUAGUCGCGGUCAAGGGCAAGGGUCAACUCAUGACCUACUACCUGCAGGGCAGGCGAGACGCUUCCGCUGGACAAACUGACAAUACUCACAGGCCUCAUGGUGCCGAGAUAGCAGCCAGUGGGGACACCCUGGCCAACGGCGCGGCACAGCGCGUCGCCGACCCCGAGGCAAACGUCCCGCUUCUAUCCCAGUGAAGCCUCUGGAUCUCUAACAUGUCGAAAAUGCGCUUUUUCCUCGUGGCCAAGCUUACAAACUGUAUUGAGAAAUGGUCAAAGAGUGAACUAUUUGUCGUGUUUAAAACCAUUUUUACACCUUUUUGUUUAAAAAAGUUGGAUGGAUACCGAGGAAAUAUUUGCUUAUUAACAAUUGCAAACAUUUAUAUAUGUACCUAAAUUAUUAAGCUAUUUAGUAAUUAAUUUACUUAUGUGGAGACUGUAUGGAAACGGUUUACUAGCUAUUCGGAUCUAAGAUCUAAUCGAAUAUACUACGUGUCAUCCGUCUAGGUAUUGACUUCGGUUACAGUUAGGGGAGAGUAGGAGACUUGGUUCUAUCGUACCGGUUUUCACUUAAACUUGAUUUUUAAUGAAGAUAGUUAGGUACAAAUGUGUUUGACUGUGCAUAUAAAAGUAUCUUAGCUACACCAAUGAGCAUUCUAAUAUUAAUUUAACAUAGUCAAAAUGCAUUUUUUCGAAAGGUCUGUCGGACAAUUUAGGCAACGGUUGGUAAAAUCGUACCACCAAAUUGUAUGCAUGAAGCAUUUAGGAAAUGUACCUUAUGGUUUAUAUUAGUUUAUAAAAACUUUUUACAAAAAAAAAGAAAACCGACUUCAAAAAGGAUGAAAUAAAAUAUUAUCCAUUUUAAGUCUAUGCGUUACCAACUGAUAUGUUUGAAGUCGGUGCCAAGCCAACUUUGGAAGCAUACCAUGAUUUUGGUGCGAAUCGAUAAGGAUGUACGUUGGUUUGCCUUACACGACGACAAUUAACGUACUUUCUGUAGGUACAGUUGACGUUAAAAAUAUGUUUACACUUUUCGUCUUAUUACAAAGGAGUAAGGUGAAAAAGUGUAACCAUAUCUUUGACGUCGAAUGUACCUAAGAACACACCUCAGAACACACGAUCCAACCUUAGCACAGUCCGUACCAUGUUAGUCGGUACGCAAGCGUGAGAUUGGGACUGAAGUUAUUUCCCGUCCCUUAUUCAGAGAACUACGUUUCAUAGUAUAAAACAAUUCAAGGAAUUUAAUUUCUUGCCAAAUGUCACCUGAAGCGGUUCAGUUGUAUAGCCAUGAAAAGGUGACAAAGAGGCAGACAGAAUUACUUACACAUUUAUAAUAGUUAUUAAUACAGUUCUAAUGGGAUUUAUAGUCAUAAGGCUGAUUAUAUUUGACGGGUAUUGUUACUACUUGGCUUGGCACCGACUUCAAACAUAUCAGUUGGUAACGCAUAGACUUAAAAUGGAUAAUAUUUUAUUUCAUCCUUUUUGAAGUCGGUUUUCUUUUUUUUUGUAAAAAGUUUUUAUUUUUCAAUUUUUAGUUUUAACGCAUUGUUAAGAGCGCGACGCAUGAAUGAAAAACAACAUCAUGACUAACACUAAAUUCGUGUAUCUACUUUAAUAAAUAUGUAAUCAGGAAUUUUCUCGAGUCCGUCUGGGAAAUUACAAUUCCUGUCACUACACUAAAUCCAUCCUCCGCCCCGCCACUGACCCAAUCUCUCAACCCCCCCGAUCACUCUACCUCACAGCGUAUCAACUCCUGAUCCAUGUACCCCUCGGCCCUGAACCAGCAGCCCUACAACCACCAUUACCCGACCCCUUUAUCCCCGACCCCUUAACUCCUAACCCUAACCCCCGAUCAGUAGCCUUACCAGCUUUCCAAGAGUUUGACAUUGAUUUAUUCGCUAGCGUGUGUGUAACUUACUUUCUUUGCAUCUCGCUCGUAUUGGCAUAUUAGUGCGAGCGAGAUGCAUAAAAAGUUAGUUACGAAGACGUUAGCGUCGCUAACUUAGCGAAUAUGUCAAUGUCAAACUCGUGGUACGGCUACACUUGCACUACAUCAAAUUGGCGGUGUUCGGAAGCAAAUGCUUGAGUUACUUUAGAAAACACCGAAAUCACUUUACACGUGCCUUUAAAAACUGAGGAGUUCCCUCAGUUCCUCAUGGAUUCCAUCAUCAGACCAGAACCAAAAAUAAUACGAAAACACCUAGGAGGCAACUCCUUUCAAACAAAAAAAGAAUUACUCAAUUCGGAUCACAGGUGCCGGAGUAAUCGCUGAACAUACUACAUUUAAAAAAUCAUCAUCAUUAUCAUCAAAACAAUCAUCAUCAUCAGGUCUACUUCAUCAAAGUGGUGGUUUUCGGAAGAAAAUGCUCGAGUUGCUUAAGAAAACACCCAAAUCACCAUGCAUGUGCCUUUAAAAAUUGAGGAGUUCCCUCAAUUCCUUAUGGAUCCCAUCAUCAGAACAGAACCAAAUUAAAAUGGGACUAACUCGGAGGUAGCUCCUUUCGAUCAAAAAAAGAAUUACUCAAAUCUGACUACGGAUGUCAGAGUAAUCGGUGAACGUACUACAUUAAAAAAAUCAUCAUCAUUAUCAUCAAAACAAUCAUCAUCAUCAGGUCUACUUCAUCAAAGUGGUGGUUUUCGGGAGAAAAUGCUCGAGUUGCUUAAGAAAACACUCAAAUCACUAUGCAUGUGCCUUUAAAAAUUGAGGAGUUCCCUCAAUUCCUCAUGGAUCCCAUCAUCAGAACAGAACCAAAUUAAAAUGGGACUAACUCGGAGGUAGCUCCUUUCGAUCAAAAAAAGAAUUACUCAAAUCGGACUACGGAUGUCGGAGUAAUCGGUGAACGUACAUAGAAAAAAAAAAAAAAAAAUAGCCACAACCGAAUACAGAACCUCCUCCUUCUAUGAAAUGGAAGUCGGUUAAAAAUAACAAAUAUUGCCAGAAGCCGAAUACGUACUAAUACGAUAUACAAAAACACGUGGUCGUUUAAAUGGUUGGCCAUGCCAUGGUACGAUUUAAACGACUUUUUUUUAAUUAUUAAUAUGAAACAUAAGCAUAAAACAUUGACAAGUUUUAAAAUCAAUGCAAUAAACCCAUAUACAGCAUGGCCCAUUUAGAUCGCUAGUUUUAUUUUUUAUUUAGCAUCAUUUUUAUUUUUUAAAACGUCCGGGUUCGAUUCCCGAGCUGAGUACAUAUUUUUUUUAAAUAUAUGAAUGCAGUUUUUCUUGUUACUCAAAUCGAUGACAUGGUUCCUAAGAAGAGAUCGUCGUAUGUCUUAGUUUCAGAUUUUCCCAUACUGACCGAUCUAAAUGGGUCACCCUGUAUAAUUGUAGUUUUAAAUACUGUUAAUUGCGUAUUUUUAACUUAUCUGCCUAGAUCAUAAGUUUUGUUGUUACAACCCCACGAAAAUCAUGUUUCCUCUCUUUCGUUCGGAUUUAACCAAAAAUGCCAUUUCUGAUCAUCGUGUAAAAAAACUAGGUUCUUAAUGGGAAAUCUAGAACGAAUCUGGUACGAAUUAACCGGCGGUGAAAUAUAGGCGAGUCUCCCCUACAGUCCAAAACAUUGUAGGUAGAGCAUUUAUUUCUUAAACUAAUUUACUAAUUUGACUACUGGAAAAGAAAUUUGAUUUUGGCCACGAGGAACUUAAAAUAUUGUACCUCGGAUAGUUUACGGACAAUCAAACCAUCCAAGAUACAUGCAUGUAUCUAAUUUUAAAUUUAGAAGAUUUCUAAACGUUUAACGUUUGUGGUAGCAGUAGAGUUCAUGUGUAAACUAUCUCGAAUGCUACAAAACUGUGUUUUCCCAAUGCGUUCACUACGUACUCAUUAACUUAACUUGAUGUAACUCUAGUCUAAGGAAAUAUGUAAUGAAAAUGAAAACGCUUUUAAAUGAGUCGGACAAUACCAAGAAUUCAUCCAUCGGAAAAUGGAAAUAAAAAAGCCUAGGUAACACAAUCUGCUAGUGGAUCUGGAUUGCCAUAUCUAGUCUACUCUACACAUGUUUAAGAUUAAACGGUCACGUUUUCUGAAAUGAAAACCUGGAUUACGUAUCAAUUUGUCUGAGACUGACAUGUAAUUAUUUUUGUACUUUCCACCUCAUAGAUUAAAACUUAGAUAGUUCGAUACAAUAUUUAACCACCGGUAGUCAAGCAUUUGUUAUUAUUUUUAAAGGACAUAACAAAAAAAGAUUCAUUAAUCAUUAUUCAUUAUAGAUUCAAGUACGUAGUUAUGCAAAAAAUAUGGAAGUUUUACGCGCCAUGGCAUUGGCACUUCAUAAAGUUUGUAAUGAGCAGACAUCGUAAAUUUUAAGUAUAGCUUUCUCGGUGCAGCGGAGUAGUGUUAACGAAAUUGGUAUAAACAAUUUCGACCCUUGUGCAUUAUUAGCGUUAAUUACGUUAAUAUUAACCUUAAUUUAUCAUUCCAGUUGUAAUUAUCUAGGUACACCAAUUCCGUUAACACCACUCCGCUGCACCAAAAAUGCUAUAAAAUGUACGAUAUCUUAUAACAGUUACUGUACAAUACAUAUAAAACUAUGUAUGUAGGUACUUUGCAGCAGUUCCAGUAGGUAUUCUAAGAUGCACAAGUUGCAUAAAGUUCAAUAAAGCUUUGGUUAGGAAUAGGGAGCAUAGUCCAUACAGCGAUAUUCAAAAAAUAUAAUUUCGUAAUUCAAAUAUGCAAGCUCGAAAGAGAGAUUAAUAACAAAAAUAUUUUUUUGAAGUUCGCGGUAAGCCUUCAGAAAUAUAUAAGCUCUCUGAAUGUACAGUUCAUUAUUUUUAGAAUGCUCUAGGGAAGGGGAAGGUCCAUGCCGACUUCCUGCAAAUUAAAUAAACCUGCACUUCACUCUCCGCUGCAUUCUUUAGGGAGAACCGAACUAUAUAUUUAUAUACCUACCUAAUCGACAUUUCAUUGUUAGUAACGCUAAUAUGUACGUGGCCGAAGUGCUAUUAUAAUAAGUAUAUUAUUAUUCUUCAUAAAAAAUAUUUUAGGUGUGCCUUAAAAAGAGAUAUUUUGUAAACAAAACUGAAUGAUUUCAGUCUGGACGGUAUGGAUGCUUAAUAUAGCCGUAUAAUUUUCUCAAGACAACUACGGAGUUGGUAAAUCAUAAACGCACGUGUACCUGAAAUACAGAGCUUGUAACCUAUGCCAACAAAUAUAGGAAAUAUCCUGCUUUCAACGUUUUUGCAAGUAUUCUCACUGUCGUCACGCAUUAUACGUUAUCUAUUACGUCUAACGGCGGUAAUUAAUAUAAACACUUGACAUUACGAUUUAAUUAGGUUCUUACUUAGUUCUUACUCAUUUUGUGAUUAUCUUGUAGCUAAUAGCGUGAAAGCCGUAGUCCGUAAUGAGUGUUGCACAUGUUUUCAUAAACCGUUUGGUUGUUUGAUUGAUAGUUAGCACUAAAAUGGUCAAACAGCGCCUUCACGAUGCCCGUCAAUUGAAUAACGCUGACCUUAUGCCACCGGGCGCCGCCGUCCAUCCGUCACACUCGUCUGCAUAACCCGCCGCAAUAUAGCCGUAAAACUCGGAGCUAAUGGUUCGAUUUGCGUAUGUAGGUAAAGAGAUACAUUUAUCUACCUACUUAUUUACUUAAGUCUGAAUUUCGCUACUGUUUUAAUGACACAUUUUUUUUAUUUGUGAUUCAAUCAUUUAUUUCAAUCUUAACAUAUCUGAAUUAAAUAAAAUCAACCACCCGUAAAAUUAUUAUUUUAUAUACAAAAUACAUAUUGAAUUAAAUUGCCGUUUUUGACACUAUUGAAUAAACGGUUGCUUACAUGAUUACUUAACAUAUCUACCUAAGUAUAUUAAACCGCAUAUGUUGCAGGACAUCAAUCGGCCCGAUAAAUGUGAAUACCACGGGCCAUUAAUUAAUAAAUGGACAUCUAAAAUUAUUAAUAUUUUAAGAGAUCUAGUUUAAACAAACAUACGCUUAACGUGAGUCUAUACGUAGGAUAUUUAUAGUGUAAGAAAAAGAAAUACGCAAGGUAGAUGUAGUUACAUUUAUGGGUCAACAAUAAAUUGUUAAUUUGUGAAAUCCGUUGGGCGAUAAACAUCAAGAGUGUACUGAUAAUGUGAUGCACAGCCAUCGCGUAAUGCAAGUUACAUAAUAAAAGAUUCUCGCGUAAAUCUAUAUAGAAUUGGUGUUGCCUCCUUUGUAUAAGGACAUCUCCAUGUAUUUUAGUACAUAGUCAUAUUAUUGUGAUAAUCAUUUCUUUACCGUAGCAGAAUUCAGCUUAGCCUCAUUUAGCCAUGUAUCAUACCUCUGUUUUUUGUCUGUGGUCAUUGAUUGUAGGUAGCUUUAGGAUGUGUGCUUUUAUUAAAAGUCGCCUAGAAUAAUUAGCCUACUUAUAGAAAUGUACCGUUGUGGAAGUUCUACUAAAAUAUAGCCAUCUAAUAGAUGAUUUAUAUUUAUUGAGAAUAUCUAUAGUCUAGGUACUACCAUAUUUCAGUACAUAAUGUAGGUCUUUCAAUCGUGAUAUUAUUGUACGUAGUUAAUAAUUAUUUAGAACUACAUACUUAGAGAGAUCGUUUAUUUUUUUCUUUCUAGUGAUAAAUUAUCUUCCUGUGAUUUGUGACUAUUAAUAAUUUUAUACAUAUUUUAGCUCAAUCAACUAAGGUUGAACCUCUCGUGGCUAUAAUUUUAUUAAAUAAAGCAAUAUCUAUGAA